GUCUGCAUUUAUAACUAUGCAUGUGUGUGAGCGUGUAUCCUAGUAGUGUGACACAGAGGGAAGGGGAUGCAGGCACUUGGCAGAGGGAGCUUCGGCCGACCUGUCGAGGUCUCUCGUGUCCCAUCUGUGCCCUCGGGAGCUGACCUCUGUCUCCCUGUCUGGAAAAUAACCUGGAAAAACUGACAUGGAAAAACGGACAGCUGCACUCUGGGAAACAGUCGGAGCACCGUGCCUCCUCCUCCUCCUCCUCCUUCUCCUGCUGCUUGUGCAUCAGAGACAGAAGUACUGAGGAGAAGAAAGGAGAAUGACUGACGUUUCUAAUCUGUAUCUACGUAAGAAAGUGAAGAGGAGACGGAGGCUUGCGGGCCUGUCUGACAACUGUGGGAGCACAGAGGAGAUUUAUACGUAUAAUUGUACUCUUUGUGCUCUUUUGGUUUUCUUUGAGGGGAAGGCAAAGAGCUGAGAGGAGAUAAUAGGGAACGGAGGGAAGGGGAGGAGAGACCAGAGCGCAGAGAGUGGAGGAGGAAAGAGGAGUAAACCAGAGCAGAGAGAAAGGGGGAGAGGUGGAAAGAGAGGAGGAGGAGAAAGAGAAGAUGAGAGGAGAGGAGAGGACACAAGAGGAGGAGGCGCACCAGAUGGGAACCUGGCAUUAAUCAGAUGGGAGUCUCCAGAAACUGAACCGACCUCUGUGUGAGAAUAGAAGAACCUCAUCUGACUGUGAAAUCAUGAGCGCUCCAGCGACGGGAAGCCCCAAUAUCGAGGUGACGGUGGUCUCCCAGGAGAUGGCGUUGCUUAGCAACAUACUGGCGGCGUACACCUUCAUUGCAGACCAGCCUGAGAGGACAGCCCUGGUGUUCCUUGGUGGCGUGUGUGUUGGCCUUCUCGUCACCCUCUGCGCCAUCGUCUUCCAGAUACACUGUCGAGCUGACUGCCACUAUGGCAACAGCAACAAUCCUCAACAUCGCCACAGGAACAAACAUCAUCAUCACCAUCAUCACCGUCAUCAUCGUCGCAAUCCCAACUGUCCCCACCGUCAACUCGGAGACAGUGACCCGGAUCAGACUGCUGUUGUUGCCUCUGGGGGGACUGGGCCCACUGGGGACAGCGAGUCAGAGGACUGGGAUGACACGUCUGACCUGUCAGCACGGAGACGCAGACGCUUCGAGAGGGCGCUGCUGCACGCCACCAUGUUCACGUCAGCUGAGGAGCUGGACCGGGCCCAGAGGCUAGAAGAGCGGGAGAGGAUUCUCCGAGAGAUCUGGAUGAACGGCCAACCUGACAUCAGUACCGUCACCCAAAGCCUCAACAGAUAUUACUGACACAGACCUAAACAGACGGACUGAAAGGGAAAUGCAAUGCAGGCAGACAGAGGGAUAGGAGGUGAAUAAACAGGUGCACAAGCAAGCAAACACAAAGUAAACAACAUCCACCAUCAACUCAUUGCUGCAUCGACCGUACACACUGCACCAAAGAGAGUCGUUUCAGACUGUCACGGCCUGGAGCAGUCACUGUGUCACUGUGGCAAACGUACAAUCUGCGAUGGCUCAGUCGUCUAAUACAGGACGUCGGUGCCAUGUCUGGAAGUUGAAAACCCUGAGAAUCAACCCACAUACUGUAAUCUGCUGCAGAUCUGUCACAGAUCCUUUCAUAUAUACCUGUAUAUAUACAGUUACUGGGAUUUUCUACUUUUUAACAGGUGCUUUUGUUUUGAGAGGAACAGGAGGACAAACAGGAGGACGAACUGGAGGAUGAACUGGAGGAUGAACUGGAGGAUGAACUGGAGGAUGAGCUGAAGGCCUCGUGAAGGCUGCAGCUCUGCAGCUGUUCAAAUUGAUAUAGUCUGAUACUGUGUGGUUGCACUUUUCUCAACUCAUCCUUAUUUGUUUGUUAAUUUGCUCCAGUCACGGCGUGAGCUCUGGAAACUCUUUUUAUAAUUAAAGACAGUUGAAGGGAAAAAGAGUGAAAUGGGUAACGAUGGAUCUAAAGCUUCCUCUCCAUAGAGGAGCAAAUCAUCUCCAUGCAAAGAUGGAGGUACACUGGUGCUUUUAUUCAUGCUGUAUUUCUGAAUCUAUUGCUAAAAUGACUGCACACUAACAAAGAGGACACAAAAUGUUAAGGAAUGGCUUCACAGGUAGCAUAACAGAUGUGUAUGUGUAGUCUGGCAGCUAAUUUGCUGUAGGUUUCGUUGUACAUUAGAAUAACAGAUCAUUAUGUUUAAGAAGAUCAUGUUUCAUGUCUGUAUUUGAACUGAAAAAGUUAAUAAAUUAAAAUUGCAGGAUUUUGUCAAAGGCUUUUUCCACAUUAGAAAAAUUAUAAAUUCUCUAAU